AUAACCAUGAUUUACAUGAAUCCAUCCAGCACUACAAAGUAAAGUGCAAAUAUGUGAGCACAGUGAUACAAAAUCUCAACAUGAUCUUUCUUGGCCGCGUGCACUUGUAAUCUCCCUCGUCAGUCGUCGCUCUAUCUUUCCAAGUCAGCCAAGACCUUAUCGUGAGAAGACUCUGCUAAACUAGUAGUUUAAAACUACUAAUUUUACGAAAAUGGAGUCUGAUGACAGCUCAUCAGACGAAAAUGCCCAGAUGGACAUUAUCUAUACGUGCAGAAAGUGUGUGGGCAAGGAAUUUACGAAGGAGGAACUGGACGAACAUAGGACAUUCCACAAGAAUGAACGUAAACAGCGUAAACGAAGAAGGCGUGGGGUAUCACCAACUCCCUCAUCUGUGACGACUACGGGCACGCUGUUUAUCAGCAAGCCUCCGCCUCGUCGAACGAAGAGAAAAACGGCACAGCGAAACUCUGAACAGGAUAGGCGAGCCUCGGCUCAAAAUAAUUAUACUGGACACGCUAAAAAGAAUAUGAACGUCAAAUAUAACGGUGCGUAAUUUAAUGGCUCUACAUACUCUACCUCUUGCAACCUUAAUAUUACUGCCUCGCCAUGUGAUAAAAUUUUAUUACCAACGUGCCUAAUACAACGGAAGUCUUCUUUUUCCAUGUAAUUGGUGACUUUUUCACUAAACAAUAUCAUUGCACGUCACUGCCUACAAAGAGAAAUAUAGUCUGUUCUCAUAAGCCGCUAACCUACCGACAAUGAUUAAGUAAUUUAUAGUUGAAAUAUAUCACAAUGUACCAACCUGCCAAGUGUAUAUUGUUGUAAAGUGAGUAUCUCGACUCAACUUUCAUUUAUCCUUAUUGAUGUAUUUAAGGAUUGUGUUCAUUUACAGACGAACGUAAUAACAAGGAUAUUUUGAAUCCAUAUAAUUCUAGCAUAAUUGAUUUUUACUUGUUUGUACCUAGAUAUAUCUAUCUAUUCUAUUGGUUAUCGAAAUGUAUUUUUUGAACUAUUAUUACGAUAUGGACAGAGUACUCUGUUUGUAAUUGAGAGAGUCGCCGGAUUGUAAUUUUACUGUAAUUGUCCUAGUUGGAAUAUAUAUAUCUGAAUAUAUUUCGUUACAUUUUUUAUAGUAAAGUAUUUUUAGUAAAUGAAAUAAAUAAGAUAAGGAUGAGAAAUAA